AUGAAGAAGAAGAGCGGCGCCAAGAGGAAGGAGCGAGACUUCAGCAGCGACGACGACUUUGACUUUGAGCAGGAGAACAACAAGAAACCUGGAAGACCUGCCGCCAAGUCCGGACUGCAGCCGGUCACUGUGGCCGACGACCUCAAGGAGAACAUCUCGGAGGCGGCUGGAAAAGUAGAUCUGGGUUCCAUCAAGUGUGAGAUUCCCUGA